GGGCAUCACGGACGAAGUGGCUCGUGCCGGCAGGAUCGGCAUGAAUAAAGGCCUCGUCCAUUUGAUCGAGCGCCUCCAAGAGGCUUGUCUGGCUUCCUUCAAGAAAGAGAUGCCACCGUGCCAAGAUUGGACGUCGAUACAACCAUACCAGUUGAUUUUGCGAGUAUUUGCCAGCAUGUCGGCCUGCGUAGUCGUCGGUCCUGAGCUGGGUGGUCUCGACUCGGAAUGGCAGACGCUGUCCAUGAGCUACGUUGCGGCGGCCCUGAGCGCUCCGGGGCAAGUGAAGCAGACGUACCCGCCUUGGCUCUACUGGCUAUCUCAGUACAUUCAUCCCGGAAUUCGCAGCAUGUGGAGGUAUCGCCGGCGCGCCGGGGAGCUCCUGGCUCCCGUGCUCGGAACCCGCAGGGCUGCGGUGGAGAGGGAGUUGAAGGAGGGCAGAAGAAAGACAGGUGGGCCGCGCGAAUACGAGGACUGCGUGCAGUGGCUGCUUGAUGCACACUCGUCCUACGGCAAGACACUCACGCCGGACCAGCUGGUCCAAGACCUCUUCGUCAUCAUGACCGCGUCCAUCCACACCACUUCGGGCACCGCGCUCUGCAUCCUCUUUGACUUGAUCGACCACCCAGAAGCCGUUGACGAGAUCCGGGAGGAGAUUGUGCGGGUGCAGGCAGCGCAUCCCGUGUGGACCCGCCAGGCGCUGGGCGAGCUGCGCGUCUUAGACAGCUUCAUGAGAGAAAGCUCACGAAUGCAUGCACUAACUCAAUACACUGCCGUGCAGCGAGUAAUCACGACAGGGCCAUGGGUAUUCAAGGACGGGCUCGUAAUCCCCACAGACCACGAAGUGGCCUUCCCCAGCUACCACCACAACAUGGACCCCGACAUGCACCCGGAUGCUGGCAAGUUCGACGCCCACCGCCACCUGCGCAAGCGUACCGGGCCCGACGUCCACAAGUUCCACUUCGCAUCGGUCGGCGAGGAUUUGAUUGGCUUCGGAGCCGGCCGGCACGCCUGCCCGGGCCGGUUCUUCGCGCAGGAGACGAUAAAACUCAUGUUCGUCCACCUGCUGAUGGGCUACGACUUUCAGCACACUGACGAGGGCCUCAAGGGCCCGCUCUACCUGCCAAAUAAUUUGUUCAUCGUGCCCAACCCGGCUUUACCUGUUCUGGUCAAGGCGAGAGCGAGAGAGGUUACGGUGGUAUGACAGG